ACACCAGUUUCCAACGCUCAUGAAGCCAAUUCGAGUGCCAUGCUCUGGAGACAUUCCCUCCGACGAGGGCCUCGUCUCGAUCGCCUCUCACAAACUCCACUCACUACGCUACGGAUUCAUGACCCACCGGCAAGGUCCCUAGAGCCCGCACGACCCGCUGUAGUGGGCCGACGAUGGCUAGCAACACAUUCGACAUCGACCUCGGCCUCGAUGUUUACAGGGAAAGUGGGCAAUUGGCUGUCUGACGAGACUGGUGUCGAUAAUCCGUCGUCUUUGGAUCAUCUCCUGAGGUCUAUACAAUGCUGCGAUCAUAUUCGCAUCCUCCCCAACUUUUACGAAUGGGUCGACAGUCUGGUAGAUGUCGAUGCCAACGUUGCUACCGCUGCUCUUCAGGAGCUAGCUGAGCUUCCUGUCGCGACCUUUUCGGAGAUUCUACGAUGGAUAGAUCCUGUCGCAAACAAUAGCAAGCACGAUGUUGCCCAUGGCCUCAAUAUCUCUCUCGGCCAUACCCAAUUCACCAAUCUUGGCAAACUUGUCAACGACUUUGGCGUGCGAGACCAUCAUCGCGCCCUUCUCGAUGCUGCGACGAUCUUGUUCGAUGCUUGUCAGGAAACAGGUCGCAAUCUUCUCGUCACCGACUAUGAAGUAUUCAUCCGCUGCGCCGGUGCUGCUGCGGAUCCUGUAGCCGCAGCCGAUUUCUUUGGUGCCAUCGCAAAGAGCGGCUUGGAGAAGAAGCGCACCACGGCAACCUGGAACGAGUUUGUGAAAGCUCGGUUCAUGAUCGAUCCCCUUUACUACCAAUUCGAUCGCUCAAGGGUUGCUGUUCUCGCCCGCCGCAUGUUCAAAGAACGAAAAAGACGUUACCUUCCCCCAGGUAGUAUGAAGAGGAUGGAGAGGUUAAGGUACAGCUUGAACGCUCAUCGUGCGCUACCUUUCAAUCGCCUCCCGCGUCGAGUUUCCCAGGACACCCGAGCGUUGCAUGGUAAAAAGCAGAGCUUCCAUGGUUAUCGAAGGCACUGGCUGCGCUCAAAGGAGUACGGCACCCUCGUCGACGAGGAACUCCUGUGCACAAGCAUGAUAGCGUUUGCAAGGGGCGGCAACCUUGCAAAUCUCAGGGGAGUUGUCACUUUGAGAGGCUUCCGUCUCAAAUUCACAGAGAAUGAAGGCAUCACGGUCGCAAGGGGAGGGAAGAAUUUCCGCGAAGGCAACCCGCGAGAACCCACCGAGAGGAUCCUCAGCGCCAUUGUCGAGUCGUUCGGUUGCAUGUCCCGCAUCACCACGGCAAAGGAGCUUCUUAUUCACUUCUCCAAGUGGCAUAAUAUCAAGAUUCCUCACGAAACGUGGUCCAGUCUGCUCAACUGGGCAUAUGUCUGCGCCUCGAAGCCGUUCCAACCUCAACGAAAACUGAUGGGCGACUAUGCGGCCAACGUCGUGAAACCCUUCGAUAUUCAGAGGAUCUGGGAAACCAUGACCUCUGCUCCAUACAAUGUCGAGCCAACCUUUGAAGAUUACAGCGUCUACAUCAAGACGCUCAUCAUUCAACGUAAAUUCCGGCCUGCACUUGAUCUUAUGCGAGGUUACGCUAUCCCUUACUACCGCCACCUCGAGCAGCAGCACGAAGACAUUGUUUUCGAUGAAGUCCUCCAGGAAUUCUCACGGCCUAGUCACCGACGCAUUCAGAUAGAGACUCAGAAGGAGCACGUCUGGUACCACAUUGCCACCUGGCUCAACAAUCUCCUCAGCAGCGCCUCGGCGUGCAAGUGGCAGCGCAACGGGCACUUCAUGCAGGUCGUCGUCCCAGAAAUCGUCGAGGAAUUCAGAGAAUUCUUCCACGAUCAGGUGCGCUACCGCACUGCGCAGGGCCACGUGUGUAUCAAGCGAGACAUGUCAGUCCCCCGGUUCACCUGGUCCCGCAAGGCACGAAAGUCGCUACCCCAAGAUAGGGGUGGUCCGGAGGUGAAAGCCAUGGCGAAACAGGGCAAGUUCAACCUAGACGAUCCGAAUUUCAAGUGGCCACGGGUCCCGACGAUGAAAGUGGUUGAGUGGAAGCGCACGCCGGUAGCCAGAGUCCGGGCCAUGGGACCGGCGCCUGAGUCAACCGAUGUGAAUGCCAGGGGGUGGUGGGAUAAGCUAGAGAGGGAGCUUAUGACGUAG